AUCUUCAGCGGUCACAGGUGGGUAGGUGGGCGGUCCGGUGAUUAGUGAGGACUCAUACUGCGAGGUGAGAAUCUCAUUAAAAGAGGGGUUACUAUAGACAGGAGAAAGUGAAGGAGACGCGAACAGUCAGUCGUCUGGUGGGAUGAAGUUCAUAUCCCGAGCUGAACAAAUGUGAUCGAGCAGAGUUCAGUCGUUUGCGAAGCUGGAGGUGACUUCGGAGCCGUGCGCGUUUGGACCUUUGACGAUCUGAACGCAUUUCAUUUGGCGCUGUUUGGGAUGACUGAUGCACGGUUGUUCGGGUGUUGAGAGUGCCUGGGAAUAAACUGGACAGGCGGUGCGUCCGAAGGCUGCGAUCCGAGAAGCGCGGCGGAUUGAAUGCUGGCUGACAGACAUGCCGACUUCUGGGAAACUUGACGCUCUCGUGGUCCUGACUCUCCUUUGGGCUUGUCCAGGUGAUAGCCAAAGAGUAGAGAUGCCAAGAAUGGAUGUGGAAGUAGUCAAGGGCCAGAUGGUCGUCCUUCAAGCCUGGUACAGUCCCACAUCCGACAUCAGCAAGAACACUGUCAUCUGGAACUUCAUGGCCAACGACUCCAAGCAGGUCAUCUCAUACAGCUCUGGCCAGAUCGGCAUCGGGAGUCCGGACUUCAGAAGCCGAGUGGGCUUUGCCCUCUCCAUGCCCUCCACCAACCUGUCCAUCUUCAUCAACAACACGCAGGAGGCCGACACUGGUCGCUAUCUCUGCAACGUCAUCGUUCCGGGGGCCCCUGGCCUUUCUGGCGAGCUCAGCCUCAACGUCAAGGUGCCCCCUUCUGUCCCUGUGUGCGAGAUGACAGGCACACCAGUGCUGAGGGGGAACGUGACCCUGAACUGCAGAUCCACUGCUGGAAAGCCUGCACCUCACUACAAGUGGACCAAGAGCGCCCCCGUGGCCGAAGUUUUCUUUUCACCCACACAAACCCGGAGAGCCUGUCCUCAGCCCCUGCUUGUGCUGGGGUAUCUGGAUGAGAAGCAGGGCACCCUGCGUCUCAGUAACCUUAGCCAAGCCAUGUCCGGGAAGUAUGUGUGCCGAGCCAGCAACACGGCUGGGGCCGAGACCUGCUACGUCAACCUGGAGGUGUCUGUCCCAACCAAUGCAGGUAUGAUUGUUGGAGCCGCUUUGGGAUCCAUCCUGGGCCUGGUGGCCAUCAUCAUCUUCCUGGUUUUUAUUGUGAGGAAGAAGAGGGGGGAAAAUGAUGACGACAUGGCUAAUGAAAUCAAGGAGGACGCUCUGGCUCCCAGGCGAGUCUCCUGGGCGAGAAGCGGAGUGGGUACGGACGACACCUCCAAGAACAGUACCCUGUCCUCCAUGGCUGGCAGACCCCGCCCAGAAAACCACUACCCCCACACGCUGGUGUCCAAUGGCGGCUGUGUCACGGCGACGGGCAGCUGUGCGGGCUACCGGUUGCAGCUUCAGGACCCCAGCGUGCUGCAGGGCCUCCCGGGGUACACUGCCAGCGGCAGCCUGCCCCGCCUACCAACCCUGGUUCCACAGCACAGCAAGCCCAUGCUCAGAACUGUCCCAGCCCAGCCUCAGGCCCCCUCCACCACCAUCAGCCACGCAGCCAAGGCCCAGAUGAUCGCGGUGCCCGUCGCGGUGCCCGCUCGCAGCCAGGCAGGCUCUCUGGUGUAACUUUCCA